UCUUGGUCGGUGCCGCGUUGGGAGAAUCGGGCUGUCAACGUCGUCGUUUGACAGCCCCAUCAUCAUCAUCAUCAUUAUCUUUGAAUGGUUGACGAGUCCACCGGAACGGAAGGGAAGGGAAUCCAGAUGAUUUUGGCAUGACAAGGAGAUUGAUAUUGAGCUCUUCAACGUCAUGGGUUCCUUGUCCGGAAUCCUUCAACGUCCUCUGAUCGCCGCCGCCGCUGUUGGCUUCGCUUCUCUUUCUUCCGACUUCUCUCCCCCUCUACCCCCCUCCUCCUCCUCCUCCUCUCACAAAUCCAACCACCAUUUAUCGACAACCGACAUCUCCGCUUCUAAGCUCUCCUCAAACCUCUCCUUUAUCUCCAAAAUUCCACUUCCUCUUCCCAACCACAUUAGCUUGUCAAUUCCCAACUCCCAUUGCAAUUCCCUCUAUUCCUCUGCUGCAUCCUCCCCUGCGCUUCUCAACCUCUAUCACUCCGCUCACUUGGGUAGAGCUCCAGCCCCAACUGCUUAUGUUUCAUCAUCUCCUUCUCUCCCUGCCGAGGUCUCCUACCGAUGGCAUUUGCCCGAGCCUAAUGCUCUCGAUGUCUCCGGCGCUUCGGAUUGUUCAUCAACAAAGAUGAGGACUGUGGUUGUUUUGCUGGGAUGGCUAGGAGCAAAGCAGAAGCAUCUCAAGAGGUAUGCCGACUGGUAUACUUCGCGGGGCUUUCACGCCAUUACCUUUACUCUGCCCAUGGCUGACAUUCUCAAGUACCAGCCCGGUGGUAAAGUCGAAGACCACAUUGACUCCCUCGUCACUCAUUUGGCUGAUUGGGUUGAAGAGGAGCUGGGAAAGAACAUCAUGUUCCAUACUUUUAGCAACACUGGAUGGUUAACGUAUGGUGUAAUGUUGGAGAAGUUCCAGAAGCAUGAUCCUUCUGUAAUGGGAAGGAUUCGGGGAUGCGUUGUGGAUUCCGCACCUGUUGCUGCACCUGACCCGCAGGUCUGGGCAUCUGGUUUCUCUGCAGCCUUUCUGAAAAAACAUAGCGUGGCAACAAAAGGAACCGGAGACGGUAGUGAGUCAGUAAUGGAUGUUUUGGUUGACAGCAAGGGAGUAGUGGCACCCAAACCUGCAGUAACUGAGGCAGCUUUGCUUUUAGUUUUGGAGAAGUUCUUUAAGGUGGUUUUGAAUAUUCCUACAGUGAACAGGAGGCUUUCUGAUGUAUUGGGCUUACUGUCAGCACGACAGCCAAGCUGUCCUCAAUUAUAUAUCUACAGCUCUGCAGACCGAGUGAUUCCUGCAGGAUGUGUGGAAUCGUUUAUAAAAGAGCAGCGGAAGGCUGGACAUGAGGUUAGGGCUUGCAACUUUGUGUCGACACCUCAUGUUGAUCAUUUCAGAAAUGACCCCAAGCUGUAUACUUCAGAGCUAACGCACUUUCUGGAGGACUGCGUGCUUACUGACUGCAAAACAGUCUGAUUAAC